AUGAGAAGCACAGCAAAGAAGCUUAGGAGGAUGGAGAAGCUCAUCAAUUUGGUUAGCAAGCUGAAGAAGAUGUUGGGGUGCUCAGCUGAUAGGAACCUUAAUCGGCAAGUUAAGGUUAGAGCUUCACCGCCUUGUGCUGUUCUCUGCGAAGAGCUAUUCUUGCCUUUGAAAAGCGCAAAGGGCCAUCGAACAAGAAACAAUGAUGUCAAUCCUUUUUAG